AUGGUACUACAAGAAAUUUCUGGCCUACGCUGCUACACCUGCAGUUACUUGGAAUCGGAUUUGGAUAAUACUUGCCUUAUGGAUGCCAAUUCUACGCGAGUCACUAAUUGUUCGAAGAAGUAUUGCACUAUUAUGCGUCAAGAAUCUGUGAGUCCCGCUGGAAAAGUGAUUUCCUUUAUACGCGAUUGCUUGGAUAAACCUUUGUACUUGAAUGCCAUUAAAAGCGAUUCGACUUUCAAAAGCUUCUAUCGCAGCUGUACUACAGAUCUUUGCAAUGACUCAGAUGGGAUAACAACAGCAACAAAUGUCGAUCCGAAUUUCGGUGCUUCGCCGAAUAUGAUUAUUAAAGGCAAACGUCAUUAGUACUUAUCUAUAGUUAUAUACGAGUUUUGAAAUAUUUAAUAAAA